CCGGCCGUCACCCGUCGACUUUCUGUAUUAUAAGGGAGCGAACACGUACUGCAGGGCAACCUCCGUCGUUCCGAACACUAUUAUACUCGAACGCCGUCUACUGCUGCGGCGAGCUGUCCUCACUCGUGUAUUCCCCGUCCUUGAUAGCACUUGGCCAUGCUAGUGCUCCUUACCUCGACACUUGUCGGUAGACCCCUGCAGAGAAGAGAUGUAUGCACCGGAAACAGAUGCGGGUCCCCCACAGACGUGAUCGCGAACAAAAGCGACCAAAGCGACGAUGGGCACGGGCUGGACAAGUACGUGGGGAUUAUCAUGGCGGUUGCAUUUGUGUUGGUGUUGUUUGUGCUGUGGGUGGCGUUUGCAAACUGGCCAAAACGGAAGCUGCGAGAGUGGUUACGGUCCCGCAGAAAAGAUGACGUCCAGAAGAUCGAGGCAGUCGAUCUAACAGAGGCGGCCGGCGAACUGGCCAUACCAGCAAAGGUUGCCAUUGUUGACGAGAAGAAUGCGAAGCACGACGCAGAUGUAGGCUACUUGGAAGGCCAUCGUAGAAACGUGAGGCGUUUUCUUUAUCCCAGUAUUCUUUCUUUACCAUUUUCACAGAGACCCAGUGUCCAUACUGUGACUAUCAACCGGUGACACUUGUGGUCUGUACACGUCUGGUGUACGAGUUUUGGAGUGGACUAUAUACCCAUUAUCUAUUUCAGUGGAUUCCUUUCAGGGCAUUGGAAGAGAAUUAUGCAUGCUAGCCUUGUUCUGUGAUGAAGAAAAAGGCCGACAAACGGAGAUCAUAUGUGAACGACGCAGAUCUCCGGUCAAAGUCGGACGACCCUUACUCUAGCCAUCCAUAACUCAAUUUCAGCCACAAUCAUAAUGACCAGG